UUGGGAGAAUCAAUGAGUAGGCAGAAUAGUUGAGAGACGUUCCUCAGUCUGGAGAUAAGUAUCGUUGACGAAAGGCGCGAGUUUCGGUGUGAUUUAAAAUGUUGUGGAUUUUUGUGAUUUUGGGAUUAAGUUGUGAGGUAUUUGGUGCAAAUAUUCUCGUUCUUGAGGGCUUAGCAUCGCAUAGUCAUCACAUUUUUAUGCGGGUGGUCAAUGAAGCUCUCGCAGCUCAAGGGCACAAUGUCACGUCUAUUAGUGCAGAUGUUGAGACAAAGCCUGUGGCUAAUUUAACGUACUUGCACAACGAAAGGGUUUACUCAGAGCUGUAUCAGGGAACGGAAUCUGAUGGAAAUAUGAAUUUAAUGGAUUUCGGGAGUGCUGGAAAUAUUGCAACAAUCCUAGAAGUUGAAGAGUACUACCUAAACACACUCAAAGGGAUUAAGAAGUCCUCAGGAUACCGCCAAUUGCUUGACUAUCCGGAUGAUUUUCACUUUGAUCUCGUAAUUUACGACAACAUGGCUUAUCCUCUUCUUCUGGCCUUCCAUCACAAAUUCCACAAUCCACCUCUUAUCACGAUAACAGCCUUCAAUGGAAUUUCACCAACGAUCUCUCUCCUUGGAUCGUCGUACUACCCAUCGUACAUACCCUUCUUCUUCGGCUCAGGCUUCAAGGAGACCUUCCUUGGGAGAGUUGAGAAUUUCUUCAUUUGCUUCUUUGACUACUUCUACCGGAACUACGUCAUACUACCCAAAAUUCAUUCAAUUGUCAAUGAAGAUUUUCCUGGAUUGCCUCAUUUGAACGAUCUGGAGCGCCAAGCACGUCUCUCAAUGAUCAACUACAGCCCUGCUGUGCAUGAUCCUGAACCAAUGCUCCCGAAUGUGGUGCCAAUUGCUGGGAUGCACAUGCAGAAAAUUAAACCUCUUCCCCAGGAAUUCCAGGAGAUCCUCGAUGGAGCCAAAGGUGGUCUUAUACUCUUCAGUUUGGGCACAAAUGUUAAGAGUUGGAUGCUGGGAGAUGAGAUAAUUCAGAAGUUCAUUGAAGCCUUCAGGAGGGUCCCUCAGUACACAAUUUUGUGGAAAUUCGACAGCGAAAAAAUCCCAAAUAUGCCCAAAAAUGUCAUCAUAAAGCGUUGGAUUCCGCAGAAUGAUGUCCUGGCGCAUCCCAAUACAAAGCUCUUUAUGAGCCACUGUGGACUUCUAAGUACACUGGAAUCAACCUGGCAUGGAGUACCCAUCCUUGGAUUUCCCGUAUUUCUCGAUCAAUUUACGAAUUCCGCUCAAGUGAUCAAGGCUGGUUUAGCCGAAAGGAUUUUCAUUAAAUCCUUUACGUCUGAUGAACUUCAAAAGGUCAUCAGUAACAUGAUGACUGAAACUAAAUAUCGAGACAAUGCCAAAACAAGAUCGCGGCUAUUUAAGGAUCAACCCCAACCACCCCUUGAGAGGACUCUCUGGUGGAUUGAUUUCAUCCUCCGGAACCCCGACGUGGAGUUCCUGCGAAGCAAAUCCCGAUUUUUAGACAUCUUUACGCUUCACAGUGUUGACGUGAUUGCCUUCUACGUAGUUUCCAUUCUUCUAGUUGUUUUAGUUCUCCUUAAAAUCUCCUGCCUUAUUUGCCGGGCAUUUAAAUUAUCCCCAAAAUCGGAAAGUAAAAAGAAAACCAAUUAAGGAGUAAAAGUUUUAUAUUUUCUAAAUUAACUUUGUUAAUUAUUAUGUGUUUCUUGCCAUAAGUAGUUAAAUGUUCUACUUUUAAUUUUCUUUUUUAAUGAGGAUCAAAUGAUGUUUAUUAAACGAACACUUUUUUUUA